CUCUCCUCAGGUGAUGGCGUGGCUGUGUGUGCGUCCAGCUCUGUGUGUGUGGAGAUGGUGCUAACAGGCUGUUGUCUGGAGGACUGUGGAAACGCACUGCUGGCCUGCGGAGGAGCCCUGAACACACACACACUCUGACACGGUGACACACACACACACACAACGCUGCCGGUGCAGCGAGAACUGAUUCGGAGACACAAACUCUCCCCCCCCCCAACACACACACACUCUUGACUGUGUGUCCCAGUCGUGGUAGCGUGUGUGUGUGUGUGUGAGAGACCACCACUAUGCCUAGCUCCACUAUCAGACGUUCUGUGAAGAACGUGAUGAACAACUACUCUGACGCGGAGAAGAAAGUCCGAGAGUCCACCUCCAACGACCCCUGGGGGCCCUCGUCCUCUCUGAUGUCAGAGGUCGCCGACCUGACCUACAACGUGGUGGCGUUCAGUGAGAUCAUGAGCAUGAUCUGGAGACGACUCAACGACCACGGAAAGAACUGGAGACACGUGUACAAGGCGCUAACACUGCUCGACUACCUGAUUAAGACGGGCUCAGAGCGUGUGGCCCUGCAGUGUAAAGAGAACAUCUUUGCCAUCCAGACUCUGAAGGACUUCCAGUACAUAGACAGAGACGGAAAAGACCAGGGGAUCAACGUCAGAGAGAAGAGCAAGCAGCUGGUGGUACUGCUGAAAGAUGAGGAGAGACUGAAAG